AUGGUGGUGUGUUCUCAUCGUGUGGUGGUGUGGUGGUGUGGUCUCAUCGUGUGGUGGUGUGGUCUCAUCGUGUGGUGGUGUGGUGGUGUGGUCUCAUCGUGUGGUGGUUUGGUCUCAGCGUGUGGUGGUGUGGUGGUGUGGUCUCAUCGUGUGGUGGUGUGGUGGUUUGGUCUCAUCGUGUGGUGUGGUGGUUUGGUCUCAUCGUGUGGUGGUGUGGUGGUGUGGUCUCAUCGUGUGGUGGUGUGGUGGUUUGGUCUCAUCAUGUGGUGGUGUGGUCUCAUCGUGUGGUGUGGUGGUGUGGUCUCAUCGUGUGGUGGUGUGGUGCAUAACGUGACUUUCCACUGUUCUCUUUCCCUCUCUCCUUUUCUCUCCCUUUCUCUUUCCCUCUCUCCUUUUCUCUCUCCCUCUCUCUUUCCCUCUCUUUCUUUCCAUGUCUUUCCACUGUCCUCUCUCCCUCAUGUCCUUCUCAAACCCCCAACCCCUUCCUCCAGCCUGACCCAGCCAGGGGGGGUGAAGAUCGACCAGUCCGACCCGACCACGGUGGAGGCUCUGGUGGGACAGACGGUGGUGUUACCCUGCAGAGUCUCUCCAGCUCCGUCCUCCACCAUCAUAGUGGAGUGGAGGAAGGAUGGAGUCCCUCUCACUACCUUUAGGCAUCAUCCGCAGCCUAAUGGUUCCCUGUUAGUUGGUCCUCUAACUAAGGCUGACUCUGGUUGGUUGCUCUGUGUGGCAACGCGUGACCGUGAGAGAGAUCAUCGCUACGUGUACCUGUCUGUCUCAGAGAACACCAGAGGAUCCCAGGCGGUGCAGGACACGACAGGAAGCCUCCCCCAAGAUGGAGCAGACAGGACAGGAGAAACAGAAGUUAUACUGCCGUCAGUACCUCAUCGCCAGCCCUCACCCAAGUUCAGUAUAGACCGUUCAGGUUUGUCGUCUGUGGAGGGGAAAGCAGGACAGACGGUCAGACUAGCCUGUAAGAUCAUCCCAACGUCAGCGCUCUCUUCGGUCAGCCUCCAGUGGACCAGAGAAGGACAGACACUCAACUCUCUCAGACAUGCACAGCAUGCGGACGGCACCCUUGUGAUUGGCCAGUUGAGGUCAGAUGACUCAGGUGUCUACACCUGUACAGGCUCCACCCACAGUCAACUGGAGCAGAGACAGCUCACGCUCAAAGUACAAGGAGACCUGAGGAUCACCAUGCCCCCUAACAAUGUGCAGGUGUCUCAGGGCGGCACGGCCCAGCUCCCCUGUGUGGUGUCUGGGGACAACGUCAGCGUCGGCUGGUCCAGGAAUGGUGUCCCUGUGCGACCAGAUGGUGGGCGUGUUCAGAUGUCAUCAGAUGGUAGUCUGAUCGUGAAUAACGUGCAGCCGACAGACGAGGGUUCCUACACCUGUAAUGCCUACACUGGAACAUACUCUGUCAGCGCCACAGCUGAAGUGCGUAUCAGCAAGGCCUCACGGCAAGAGCUGGAUACAGGUCUUGGUGUGCCAGCUGAGUGUGUGGACCAGCCAGAGCUGGCUAACUGUGAGCUGAUAGUGUACGCCCGUCUGUGUAACAGCCAGUACUACUCUAGUUUCUGCUGUGCCAGCUGUGCCAGGCACGCCAAGGGAGAGGACAGAUACGGCCAGAUAGGGUAAGGCCCAGGGGGGCAACGAGGUCAUGGCCUGCUAGGGUAUGGGCCAGGGGACAAGGAGGACCAGGGGAUAAGGAGGACCAGGGGGCAAGGAGGACCAGGGGGC